AUGGCAGCCACAGAUGCACAGAAUCUCGAGGACCUAGUGAAAACAGAGCUAGCGUCUCCACCGAGCAUAUCGCUGCAGAUUCUCGGAGUACACAUGAAUGGGGAACAAAGUGAAAUCGACUUUGAUCUGCGGAUCGAAUACUCAAAUGAAGCGAAAAUAAAGUGUGGAAAGCUUUUGACCAGAAAUCAAAAUGAAUUCCACUCCUGGAGCCAGCAGCAAGACCCCGAAGGUGACUUUUUGGCAACUUCACGUGGCUGGAUUGAGGCAUGGUUAAGGAUGGUGAUGAGAGAAAAAGAGGAAGAACUUACUGCUAUUAAAGGUCAUCUCGAAGCGCUUGCACGCAGAACUGGAUAUGGCGGAGAUGUAACCUGUAAGGUCCACACUCCACUCUUUGAGGAAUUUAUCCCCGAGAGCACUGCAAUACUUCAAGUAAAAUGGACACCUGAUAAUCUUUUCAUUCCUCUGGACAAGGAUUGGGAUUCUAAGGUAAUGAAUGCAAUGGUCGACAAAUGGAAAGGAUCCAUAUCCUUCGAUGAGCCAAAGCGAUCUCAUGGCCGUUCGCCAUUUCGCAGAGCCAUGAAAUCGAAUGAUACAGCCAAGCUUGUGUCUCAUGAUCAAAACAAGGCUGGCUCAAAGUAUACAGUGCUGAAGUAUUCGAAGUGGGGAUCUAGUACCUGA